UUUCAUGAUGAGCUAUCUUUGUUCUCCCUUCAUCUCUUUUGUCCUCAUUCACAAUCAAGUACCAGUUUCUGUUAUUUAUUUGACGUUUAUAAAUUUUUUUACUACUGGCGAAGUGGAUUGUUUGUGUGUAAAUUGUGCUUAAUUUGUUCAAUAUUUGUGUCAUUCUUUUGUGUUUACCUGUGACACAAUGGAAGCCGAAACAUCGGUUAAAGUCUGCGUCCGGAUUCGGCCACAGGUACCAAAGGAGAUUAUUGAAAUGUGUAAAGUGUGUACAAAUGUAACUCCAAAUGAACCCCAAGUUUGGCUUGGAUCAACCAAAGCUUUCACAUUUGAUCAUGUCUUUAAUAUGGACUCUAAACAAGAAGAAAUUUAUACAAAUUGUGUUUACUCUCUAAUUGAAGGGUGUCUUGAUGGAUAUAAUGCAACGGUUCUUGCUUACGGUCAAACCGGAUCAGGUAAAACAUUUACUAUGGGAACCGGAUUUGACGUAAGGGUAGAGAAAAGUGAAAAUAAAGGUAUUAUUCCUAGAGCAGUUGAUCAUCUUUUCCGUGGAAUCCGAGAAAAGCAGCAAAAAGCCAAAGAAAUGGGUAUACCACCACCUGAAUUUAAGGUUAAUGUUCAGUUUUUGGAACUAUAUAAUGAACACAUUAUUGACUUGUUAGCAGACGAUUCUGGGACCAAUAUAAAUCAAAUUAAAAUUCACGAAGAUGCCUCUGGUGGUAUUUACACUGUUAAUACAUGUGCACGAAGUGUUUCAUCAGUUGAAUCAACUUUAGAUUGUUUAAAAAAAGGUUCUCUUUCUAGGACAACUGCUUCGACAAAUAUGAACAGUCAAUCUUCAAGAUCACAUGCUAUCUUCACCUUGUAUAUAAAACAACAAAGGAUUGUGUCUCUAGAUGAUCAUCUUAAACUGGGAGUUUCUAGUGAUGGAACAAUGCCUUCUCAUGAAUUCGAAACCUUAACUGCGAAAUUCCACUUUGUAGAUCUUGCUGGGUCAGAGAGACUCAAGCGAACCGGUGCAACGGGUGAUAGAGCCAAAGAAGCUGUCUCCAUUAAUGCAGGUCUAUUAGCUUUAGGUAAUGUAAUAUCUGCUCUUGGUGAUAAAAGAAAACAGGGUUGCCAUGUUCCUUAUCGUGAUUCCAAAUUAACUCGUUUACUGCAAGAUUCCCUCGGCGGUAACAGUCAAACAUUAAUGAUCGCAUGCAUAUCACCGUCCGAUAGGGAUUUCAUGGAGACUCUCAAUACGCUAAGAUAUGCUAAUAGGGCUAAGAAUAUCAAAAACAAGGUUGUUGCCAACCAAGAUAAAGCUAGUGAAACAAUUAACCUGCUUCGUAAGGAGAUUCAACAAUUACAAUUGGAACUUAUGGAGUACAAGCAGGGUAAAAGAAUCAUCGGUGAAGAUGGUAAUGAGCAAAUCAAUGAUAUGUAUCAUGAAAAUACUAUGCUUCAAAAGGAAAUUGGUAAUCUUAAGCUCAGAGUUAAAGCUCUUCAAGAUACGAAUGAAAGAUUGAUUGCACGCAAUACCGAAUUAACGCUAGAAAAAGCGACCGGAGGAUGGAUUACAAACGAUGGUGAGCCAAGUGAUCUUAAAGAUAUGGUGCAAAAUUAUCUUCGUGAGAUCGAAGAGCUGAGAACCAAACUAAUCGAGAUGGAAGAAACUUGUUCUCAACUGAGGAAACAAGCUCAGCGUUCAACCAUGAGCCGAAUGUCAAUGUCACCCUUUUCAUCAACCGCUGUCGCUGUUGUUGGAAAUUACGAUGUUGCUGAAGAAACAGAGACUUGUGAUACUAUACUUAAAGAAGCUAAAAAAGAAAUUGCCAAACAGAAAAAAAUAUCUCGUAAUUUAAGUAAAUCUUAUAAAGAUAUUGAUACAAUAUGUGAAACCAAUGGUAAUCGAAAUAUUGAUGGUGAUAUAGAAAGGACAACCAGUGGAGGUACAAACCCAUCUCCUAUCAAUGGUGAAUCUGAUAGUGGAUGGGGUGGUGGAGGUACAGAUGGUGCAACUGAUGGAGGUACUGAUGGUGGAGAAGAUGAUGAAGGUGGCAAUGGUGCUUCAUCAUCCCCAGCAUCAGAUGAAAGUGAUGCCAGUGAUGAAGAAUCUGAUACCGAGUUUCAACUUGCUGAGCUUUCAAAUGAGAUCUCUGUAAAGGAAAAACUGAUCAUUGAACUGGAAAAAAGUCAAAGAAAGAUGAUGUCAAUGAAACAUCAUUAUGAAGAAAAGUUAUUACAGUUACAAGCAAAAAUCAAUGAGAUUGAAUCUGAACGUGAUCGUGUACUAGCAAAGUUGACCAACGUUGGAUCAGGUGGUAAUGAUAAAGCAAAAAAGGUUCGGGAUGAUUACCAGCAAAAGUUGAAUGCUCUACAGACGGAAAUGAAAAAGCUUAAGAUGGCCGAGAAAGAGCAUGCUACUGCCAUGAAAAGUCAAUCAAAGUAUGAAUUACAAUUGAGAAGUUUGAAAAAUGAAGUUAGUGAGAUGAAAAAGCAGAAAGUUGGUCUGUUAAAGAAGAUGAAAGAAGAAGCCCAGCGUCAUAAAGAAGCUGAGUCUAGGCAGAAUAAAAAGCUCUCACAAUUGGCUAAACAAGAGAGGCUGAAAGAUGUUAAAAUAAGAAAUCUGGAAACAGAAGCUAAUAGAGUUAAAUCUCUUCUCAAACGUAAAGAAGACCAAGUUAUGGCAAUGAAGAAAAUGAUUAAACCCAUGAGUGAUAAAGUUGCUGGACGGGUCAAAUCAUCUAGUCGCAUGAGAAAAGGAUCUGAAAAAUCAUCCGUCGUUCGUUCCCCAAAAGUUAUUAAACAAAAGUGGCAAUCUAUUGAGCAGGACAUCAACAAGGUGAUGAUUUAUAAGAAAAACAUUGCAAUUCAUGAGCUGCAAAUGGAACGUUUUCUUGCCCAGCGCCGUCGAUUGGUACGAGAACGAGAAGAUACUAAAGCAAAAUUAUCAGAGUCUAGAAGAGCCGGCAAAAGUGAAGAUAUUAUUGCUGAACUGUUAGAAGAAUUGGGUAACAUUGAAGAUAACAUUCUCUAUCUUAAUCAAAAUAUAGAUGAAUGUCAAUCAACAAUUAUGCAGCUAGAAGAAACUGCCGGUGAUACACCUACUUUAGAAAUGAACACUUUACUUGCUGAUGUAGGAUUAGAAGAGAUGAAAUACCUUUUUGAGAAAGUAUUAACAAUGGCAAUAAAUCAAAGUCUCCUUGCCGUUCAAAAGGAAGAGGAAGCACACGAGUACGAGAUGAAAUAUAAUCAACUCGAAGAUAGUUCUGUAGCUCAAGAAAAUCUACUAAACCUUUUACUGGACACCACAUUUAUUGAAGAUACCAAAAGGCCGCCUACAGCUAAUAGCAAUAACAAUAACAAUAACAAUAAUAUUAAUAAUAAUGCAUUUGAGGCACCGAUAAAUGGUAACAGUAAUAACGAAACUAUUGACAAAUUAGGCACAUCGAACACUCACGAGAAAUACCACAAUGGUGAUACAGUUGGACCUUUAAUGGGACCUUCAUCUUCGUCAAGUGGGAAUAACGUCAAUGAAAAUGGGUCAGGGCGACCUGAAAAAGCUCGACGAUUAACCAAAACACCGCAAGAACUUUUAUUCGAACAAUCACGAAAUUCGAUUAACAUGGCCGAUGAUCCUAUGACUCAAAGUUUGGUCAACCCUAUCUCAACACUAGCCAAAAAUAAUUCUGAUCUCCAUAGAGUUCCAAGUGCUCCGUCCUUAAAGGAUAUAUGCAAACCAUCUUCUAGGAUCGAAUCGCCAAUCCUUAAACGUAAAACUUUCGAAAAAAAUCAAUUACUCGAAACAAGACGUCUCAUCAAACCAAGUUGUGUGUUAUCUGUUUUCGGCAACAGUCCAUCACAAACCCAUGUUACUCGCCAAAUAUCAUCUGAAACCAAUGAAACAACUCCGCCUUCAUCACCACAAAUCUAUCGCCGAAACAAGGAAGAAAAUGUUUUCUCCAGGUUAACAAGUGGAACCAUCUCUAACGGUCAAAAUAACCCAGACAGAGGAAUAAUGGUCCCGUGCACAAAUCGAAGUUAUGACAAAUAUUCGCCUCUUAUAUUGUCCUCAACCGCUGAAGGUCAUAGUAGACCUGUACUUUCAGUCUCUCUCACUGAUGAUGUAAUGUUCUCUGGGUCCAAAGAUUGCACUGUUAAAAUCUGGGAUCUUCACACAGGCAGAGAAAUUCAAUCUCUAGAGGAUCAUCCAGACUCUGUGGUCAAAGUUGUCUACAAUGAAUAUAUUCGAUUAGCUUUUUCAGUUUCCAAAUCAAUCAUUAAAGUUUGGGAUACAAGAGAAAAUCCUGCUCGAUGCAUAAAAAUUCUCAAUUCACUUGGACUCGCUGAUGGAUUGGUUGCAUCGGCUGCACGGCCCAAUGAAUUAGGUCAAAAUGAAAAUAGAAUUUUAGACAUUCAACUUAACAAAUACGGGACCGUACUAUUUUCAACUUCUGGACAUACGGUCCGAGUUUGGGAUCUCAGAAAAUACUAUUGUAUUGGAAAAUUGAACACUUCUCAUCAAGCUAAUGUUAUUUGUAUGGCCGUGGAAGAGUCUGGCAAUGAUUCUAAUAUCGUUGCUACCGGGUCUAAAGAUCAUUACAUCAAAUUAUUUGAAGUAAUGGAAGAUAUUGGGGGCAUUCAUCAGCCCAUUUGUACCUUGGAUCCACCCCACUAUGAUGGCAUUGAAGCCUUAACCUUAUCAGGAGAUUUAUUAUUCUCUGCCUCCAGGGAUGCUUGCAUCAAAAAGUGGGACUUAACCUUGCCCCAUAAAAAGUUAGUUCAGUCUAUUAACCAGGCCCACAAGGAUUGGAUUCAAGCGUUGGCGAUCAAAAAGGGUGGGUCAACUUUGAUUAGCGGUUGUCGAAGUGGGUUUGUCAAACUUUGGUCAACUGAUACCUGUCAACCUCUUGGUGAAUUGAGAGCCCAUUCAUCAGCAAUACACGCAGUAGAUGUUAAUUCAAAACUUGUGGCUACUGGAUCUGCAGACAACAAUAUUGGCCUUUUCAGGUGGAGAAGCAGUGCAGAUCCGUCGCCUGAUCUUUGUGAUUACGAACCUUAAAUGAGAAACUCUUUCAAAGGCAAAAGCAAAUACGAUAAACGAUACACAUCAAAACAAUCAAACCUAUUUCUUUCAAUGGCGGGAUGUGAUGUUUUCAAUGUAUCGAAACUUGUCAACAAUAUUAUCAGAUACUUUAUCGGUCUCUUUUUUAAUAUGUACUUUUAAUACUUCGCCUUCCUCUUCACUCUCAUCAACAUCUUUGAAACAUCAACACACAUUUCUCAUUCAAAUCUAAACUUCACCUUAAACAUAAUCAUCACUAUAUAAUUGUCGUCUAGGCAAUUGUCAUGCCAAGCAACUACCUUCAAAUGGUUACAAUAAUAUUACCUUACCUAUUUGUUUGUCCUUUUUAUCUCAGAAACCAUUUUUUUAUUUGCAUUUAUUCCGACCAGUCACAGUUAUCUAAUUGUUUUGAGACAAAACAAAAUAGCUGUAAAUAGUUUUAAACAUGUUUUCUUUGAUUCUGUCAAGAGCGUAUUUACCAUUCCACAAAUUUUUCAUUUUUACUUCGAUAAAAUUUUUUUAUCUCUUUCCUUUUUUACAAGUCAAAAGAGUCCAAAAAAUGCAUUCACCAAAAUUAGAUUUAUAAAUAUCGAUGGAAUAUAUAAAGAAAUACAAAUUAACUACCAAAUUUUACCGAUGUCAAACUAAACCCAAACCAAAUUCAACUUAAAGAAACUAUUUUGUGAAACUAAUCACCUGCUAAAGGAACCAUCAAAAACUCAACAAUCAGAGUCCUUUUUACCCUAAUCAUCGUCUACCAAUCUCAACAAUAUUUAAACUCUAUCAAAUGAAUAGAAAAAAUGAGAUGAAAUUUAAUGUUCUAUUAUAUUGGUAGAUAAAAUUAAAGAUACAAAAAUUUUGGUCAAAAUAUCA